AUGGAGGACUCCGUGUUCGCCGAGCUGGAGCUCGCGGAGGCGGCGCAGAAAGUCGGCGGCGUCCGCGUGAGGCAGCACGUCAACCCGCUGAAGGCGAGCCUGCAGAGCCAGGCGCCCGUGCCCGCAUGGACCGAUGUAUACGCAUCCACCGCGAGACCCCUGGUUGUCGAUAUCGGGUGCGGCGGCGGUCGGUUCGACCUCAUGAUGGCGAAGAAGUACCCCGAGACGAACUUUUUGGGCGUCGACAUUCGCGCUCCACUCGUCGAGCGCGGCAACAAGUGGGGCGAGUACGCCGGGGUGGUUGACAACCUCCACUUCGCUGAGUGCAACGCCACAGUCUCCAUGGGUAAAUGGCUCAAGUCCUACGCCGAGGACUGCGGCUCCAAGGUGGAGACGGUGGCUAUCCAGUUUCCCGAUCCCCACUUCAAGAAGAGGCACCACAAGCGCCGCGUCGUGCAGCCCGCGCUCGUGAGGGCGCUGGCUGAGGGACUCACCCCGGGAGCACGCGUCUUCCUCCAGUCCGACGUCAAGGAUGUCAGCGAGGACAUGCGGGACAAGUUCGAAAGGUUCGGCGCGCACCUCUUCGACCUCGACGCCAGCCUGCACGACAACCCGCUGGGGGUGCCCACGGAGCGCGAGGUGCAGACGACGUCGACCAACGGGAGGUGCUACCGAGUCAUGCUGGUCAGGAACAACACGACCGUGUGA